ACCUGCAAGCUAGCCACCUUCCUGCUCUACCUCAGCCUGUACGCGAACGUGCUAACGGUCACUCUACUCGGUGUCCAGCGCUAUCUCCAGGUGUUAUACCCGCAAAUGUGGAACCGGCUGGGGCGCAAGGGGAAGGCGGCGCUCGUCCUGGCUCUGUGGGGGCUCGCCUGCGCCCUGACUGCCCCCGCCGUGACCACUCGCUAUGUGGGUGAUGGAGAGCUCAAGUGCCGGAGACACAGUGGAUCCGAUGCUGAAAGAGUAGCGGUCCUCAUCUUGGAGACCUUUCUGGGGUUUGUGGUCCCAUUCUUUGUGCUGGUCACGUCCUACUGCUGCCUCCACCGGCGGGUGAACCAGACGGCGCUGUUCAACAGCGCCAGGUUGACGCGGCUGGUCACCAGUGUGCUGGUCGCCUUCUUAGUCCUCUGGGUCCCCGUGCACAUCGUCAACAUGGUGGACAUUGCCGGCAUGGUGCUGCGGGCUUCCCGGCCAGAGGCGUCGGCAGCGCUGCUGCGCCACAGGAGCGCGGCAGCACGUGUUGUACGGAGCUUCACAUUUGUCAACAGCUGCCUGGACCCCUUCCUGUACGCCUUCGCCUCACGGAGGAACUGGAAGUAGCCCAAGUGGGAAGCAGGCCACAAAAAUCGGAUGUCUGAAGUCGUCCUCUGCAGGUGCGACUAAAGGGAUGUGACUGGCAUGCCAACCCAUAACUCUAACCCUCACCCUACCUAUAACCAAACCCCCUAACCGUAACACGUCCUUUCACCCCUGCUAUUUGUCCUCAACAAAAUUCACAUUAUUUGGUUGCUGAAUCUGGGUCUGUAUAGCCUGAACUUUCUGUGUAUCCAUAGGGUAGCCUAGAUUAGURCCUUUGGUGAUCCAUCUCCCUUCAAGCUUGACCACCAUUGGUGAAAUCCUAAAUMAUAUUGCUUCUGUGAGCUUUCUCAUGCAUAAAUAAAUUGGUAAUGUUUUCAUGAUUAACUAGAUUUUUGGUUUCUCUUGCAGUACAUGUKGGCUACUUCUGCUUUGGUUCAGAGGAGCCCCAAUUCCCCAAUCUAAAAAAAUCAACUAGGGCAUGUGUUUGAUUAGCAAACUAAAAAUAUGUUUGCAUUAAAUUAAUUAAUCGUGUUUAUGUUCAUUUAAAUGAUUCAUUGUUUGUUGUACAUGACUCAAAGAAAAUCCUGAUUAAUUAAAUGUAUUCAUGUCAAUCCAAUGAGAAUGAGGUCCCUCAAAACAAUGACUCUGGUAUGGUUAGCUAUUGCGCAUGCUCCAAGCCCACCGGAUGCACAAAAAGUUCGUACAAGCGAGAGUGUGACGUUUGAUGGACGAAUAACCAGGACGUGCAAGAGUACUUUCACCUAAUCAUUUGGCAUCCUUGAUAUUAAGGAUACAUCACAAAAUAUAGCAGUGUCCUCAUGCUCUGAGAUUUGUAUGCACCUCCUCGACAAUACAUGAACACAGACCUUGAAUCCACACUUCCAUGGAGCAAACUGUGAUGGGAGUGUAUGUCAUACAGAAGGAGGGUGCGGAGCCUGGAGGUGACCCCGAGGUCCUCGGUGGUUUGGGGAACAUUGCGAUGGCUUGUUUAUUUGGACUGAUAUAAUGUUUGGUCCUAAGCUACCCACCAGAGCUCAAAUGCACUUUUGAACUCCUGCAGAAGAUUCUUCUAAAUCUGGACGGGCAGAGGUUGUCGUCCAAGGCACAAUUCCUAAAAAAAACAAGCUUCUGGAGUGAGUAAGCUUGAAGAAGACUGAUAGAAGCCUGGUAUUUGUACAUAUCUCUGCAAUGCAGAUUUUUUUAUGUUUAACUUUGAAAGUUCAAAAUUAGAGGUCAUAAAAAUGUUCAAAAGGACUAUUUCAUUUAGUUUGCUCAAAGGAAUGAGAGUAAGAUUGUCUCAUAGGUUGAAGUCUCCUACGUUUUGUGUGUGGGUGGAGCAGACACAGAGCAGUGUUGUUGAACACAUGUUAAAUAGGAUGAAUACAUCAUUAAUGGUUAUAGCCCCCUUAAAAUGUAGUAUUUGUAUUUACAAUGAUUUGAAUAUUUUUUUUAUCAACAUAGCAAAAAAAUUGUGCAAGCAACAUUACUGUAAUGCUUCACUACUUCUGAUUCAUAAAAAAAACUAAAAAUGCAAUGCACACGUGUAGAUUGUAAUAAUUCAGUGUUUUAAAACGGUGUUAAAAUGCAUAUUGUUGCAGUCAUGCACACAUCUUUCUGGAUUAUUUGUAAACUUUGUUUUUAUUAUGGGCCAAGUAUAUUUUGUAGGUUCCAAUGUAUAUUUUAUAGCAUUUUUAUAAAUGUGUUUUAAGAAGUUUAAUUGUUGCAUGACAGAAGUCAUGCUCAAAUCCUAAAAGAUUGUUUUAAGGCUGUUUUCUUAAUGAGCCUCGAUUUAUUUGUUGGAAAAAUAUUCUACAUGCAUUUGUUACAAAAGUUGAAAGAAAUUGUUGAACGUUAACCUUAAAUGACAGAAGUGCACACAUUUUGCAAGACUAUUUGUAAACUCGGUUUUCUUGAAGCCACUGCGCUUAGGAUUUGGAAGUGAAUACAGCAUUCCCAAUUGCAUAAUUAUAUGGUUGAUAUUUGACACAAACAAAAAAUCUAUGUGGUGUUCAAAUAACACAAUCAAGACAAAUUGAUUUUUUCAGUAGUAACUGACAUAUUGUGGAGAUGUGUAAAAAAAAAAGACUGUAGAGAUAAUGAUGGUAAAGAUCUGGUGUAAUGUUAGGUCCACAGGAGGUCAGUGUCUCCAUUUGUGUAAUCCUUCUCGACUGAGUGAACAUUGUUUUGGAAGUUCUAUAGUCUCCAACAU